AUGAAGAAAAUGAAGAAAAUUACUACGUACUGUCCUACUUAUAUUUUGCUUCAUAACAAUUUUAUAGACAUCGAUGAAUGCUCUACUCAGACUCACGACUGCUCCAUACAUGCUCUAUGCACUAACGUGGAAGGAUCAUUUCAAUGUGAAUGCGAACCAGGAUUUACAGGAGAUGGAAAAACAUGUAAUGGUAGGUUAUGGUGGCUGAACCCUGACGCAUUUAGAGCAUGAGUAUGGCCUUACAAUGUCCUUAAAUGGUAAAGUGUUCAUUUAGACGUACGCUGAGAUUAAACGAAACUAUUUAGCUUUCAGUGACGAAGAAUUUAUGCCUUCGUUAUUGUAUUUUUACAUCAUUUAUUUAUAGAUGUCGACGAGUGCACAACACAGAUUCACGACUGCUCUCCCAAUGGAGUAUGCACUAAUUCUGACGGAUCAUUUCAAUGUGAAUGUAAAUCAGGAUUUAUAGGAGAUGGUAAAACUUGUAGUGGUUAGUAAUAGGAUGGUAGAGGUUUGUCGCCCUUUCCCCCCUAUUUCGAAUUGUGUUGUUACCAACGUGUUUGUUUACCCCUGCUUUAGUUUCUUUAUUUCAUUAUAUAGACAUAGAUGAGUGCACAUUACAAACACACGACUGCUCUCCAACCGCCGAAUGCACCAAUGUAGAAGGAUCAUUUCAAUGUGAAUGUAAACAGGGAUUCACGGGGGAUGGUGAAACAUGCAAUGGUACGUUUAAAAUAUAAUUAAUAUACAAUCUUCGUUCACUGCCUAAAAUCCGCGCGCCCCAUUCGUUAAAAUUGGUCACAUGAUUUGCCGUUACCUAGUGACAUUUAAGUCACAGAGUUCACGUGUCAUUGACAAUAACACAUAAGAACAAUGAAGUCAAGGGGGGAAGGUAACUCUAUUGUUUUCCACCUAAAUUUCUUGACCCCCUCCGCCUGCCAGUAUGACGUCACAUAGUAACGGUCAAGAGCCUCGGGUCGCUUGGGCAAAUUAGCAAGGGAUGCGAGGUCAGGAAAAGCUAAGAAGCUAGCAAAUAUCUCGAUAUAUCGCUCAUUUGAUCGAAUGUGUGGGCUUUGGUGUUGCUAUAAUCUGCUUGUGAAAAGCGUUUUGAUAUUUUGUGUCCGUGAUUGUAUAAUUUUGUUAGUUUGUUUUGCGGGGCGUGUUGCGGGAUCGCCAUCUAUUUCACGGGACCGGCAAGGUCAUCAUAACUUAAAUUUUUUUUCUCUAAAAUAGACAGGGUCUAGUCUCCAGAAUAGGAGGUUCCAUUCACAGAUCACACAUGUUUAUAUUUCAUCUAUUCUUUUGCUAAUUAAACGGGCCUAACUUCAUAUCAUUCCUUUCGAGUGUGGGCCUCUGUUGAUCUCCUAAUUCUCCACCAAAUUCAGUAAAGCUAGUUCGAUCAAUUAUCUACAUCGAGUCGGUCCGUUGAGCCCGAAAUAAUGCGAAAUAGCUUUGAAAUAAGCGCUUAAGCUAAUUUUCCUCAAACGUAUAUUUAAAUUGAUGAUAAAUACAGCUCCACCAGCUUCAAACAGCGUCUAUAACAGAGAAAAAUUGUUUUGAUACGACAAAAUAAAUGUCUCAAAUCACGUGUGUCACCGUGGUGCAGUGGUCAAGGAGUUGCUUAAACGUGCAGAUAAACCGGGUUCUACUCCCGGCAACUCGGUUUUCUGUUUCUUUGUACCGUUUUGUUUUUUCUCCUGUUUGGUCUCUUUUUUUCAACACUAUUUUUCCUUUUGGCCUGUUUUUCUUUAUUCUUACUGCUGACCCUGCUGGUCAUGCACUCGGAUCAAUAAUAUAUUUUAAAUUCCGAAGUUUUAUUUUGGAAAAGGUAUUUCAAAAGCUCUUGAUCUGAAUACUGACCAAGCUUACGACCAGAAAAAAAAAAAAAAAAAAAAAAAAAAACAUAAGCUGUCAAGACAUGUUCAUCCUCUGAAACAGCUGAUUUUUUUUUCAGUGUUAGUUGACAUCAUGACAAACAACACACAGUACACUACAAACUGUACUAGUUUCGCCCAACACCCACCGAAAUUUAAACUUGCCUUUUGAACAUCGUCUUAAUCAUCAAUAUCAUUACGCUAAAAUCUCCACUGGGUUUGCGCCAAAAAAUUAAUUAAACGAAACUUUUUAUAGGUUUUCGGGCUUUAAUUACAGAAUUACAGGUGUAUGCCUAAUAUAGUAUUAAAAUGCGGUUAAGCAACAAGAUUCAGUGCUCACAGUCUCUCACAAAUACCUGUCAUUUAGCUUCCUCUUUCAACGCUACAGCUAAGUGAACUUUGAGAGAAAUGAUAUGGGGUUCCACUAGUUCUGAAGAGCUGAAAAUACGCACAAUGUAAAGUAUAAUACAUCCUUUGAUGAAUCUCCUAUUGCUGUGUCUAAACUCCUCAAUCUUGCUGUGCACUGGCCCUGAAGAGUGUGACCGGUCGGUCUGAUUGCCCGUAAAAUUUGCUCGACGAUAGAAAGGAAUCUUUAAAAUUCAUUACACCACCGGACAUUUCGUUCCAAAAAAGUACUCAAGUCUAGUUCUCUAUGACAAUAGAAACCUUAAAAUCUCCAAAUUCAAGAAAUCGGAACAGUAUUUCCGUGAUGAAAUCGAAAUUUUUAUCCGUCUCUUCGAUGAACACUUUGCUUGCCAUUUUGAAAGUUACUGACGCGAGACGUGACGUCAUACUGGCAGGCGGACUGUACCAGGGAUUUCCUUGGAGACACCUCCCCCCUCCCCCCUGUGUGAAGUGUUCAACAUUGUUUCGACUUCGAGAAUUUUCGAGGUUGAAAAGGAUAAAAUUGGUGAAAUUAUGGACGGAGCAGUACCAGCAAAUGCAAGACAGCAAAUAAAGGCGAGUGUCUCAGUUUCAAUUGUGAGUUAAGCAAAAAGAAUGUGUUUUUUUGGCAAUUUUCUCUGCUCCAUAUGUCGUUGUAAGACGGCAGUACAGUGCAGCUUUGUCAAUUUUGUUUUUUAGUAAAUGCUGAAUGAAUAUGCAGUUUUCAGUUAUGUUUUCUCUUUUUAUCCGGGGAUGAUUGCUACUCAGAUGUUCUUGUUAAGAUUUUGAAACCUUGGAUAAAGAAGUACUUGUAGAAAAAUUAAGUUCUAUUAUGAAUACGAAGCCAUUGCAAGACCAUUAUACCCAGUGAACUCAGAUUGAAUAUCAAAAGGGUUAAAUACCGUUUAGUUCGUGUUUUGUUUACAGAUACACGCACUUGCUUAUCGUGCUAUGGACUCGACACACGAUGAGAAGCUAAGUGCCGUAUUGAAAAUUUAUCGUUCAUUCAACGGUAAGAGCGUGCGUGUACUUGUAAAAAAAACAAACAAACAAACAAACAAAAAAAAAACAAAAAAGCACAGUCACAACAGUCUCAAGCCAAAAAUACAGGCGAAAACGCACGUUAUAGUUGUAAGUAAACGACACCUGUUGAACAUACCGACGUUUCCCGCUUUCAGUAUUCAUUCAGGCAUAAUUCGAACACCCAAAUACCCAACAUGGAACCCCCAAAGAUAAAACAAAAGAUAUGAAUUCACUGGUUAUUAAGGUAUCUUUUAAAUUAAUUCUAUAGAUAUUGAUGAAUGCACAACAGAAACCAACGACUGUUCUCCAAAUGGCGAAUGCACUAAUAUAGAUGGAUCAUUCCAAUGCGAAUGUAAUCCAGGAUUUACAGGAGAUGGAAAAGCAUGCACUGGUAGGUUAAUGUGGCCUGCACUUUCUGGCAAUAUUACAAUUGAAAUUUUUUUUGGCAUUAUGUUGGGCCUAAAAUGGUGAAGGCAUGCUCUAACGAUAUGCUCCAAAGGUCACCUAUCGAUCGACUGAAUAGGUAGCCUGAACCGGAGAUGGAAAUUAACUUCUAAGUCCGUCUGAGAAACAGCGCUGUAAUUGUUGUUCUGGGUCCCCAACUGUGUGCCACCUAGCGCCAAGAUUUGUCUGUUAAAAAAGCCAUUGUCAAUUUGCCAGUUUGGUUGAAGAGAAAUUUGAAACGCAUUUCCCGCCAGUAAUUCACUGAGUCUGUCGGGGGGUCCCGUCAGUAGUAGAGUAGCUCUUCCUCCUCUCUAUUUUAAAUGUUUCGUUCUCCAAUCACAGAACAUGUCUGGAGAACUACUGACCAUCCCCUUGAGGCCCAGUACAAGUAUAUCGGCGCUGCUUUGCAGACGUUACUACCGAGGAUUAAAUUACGUCUGCCGACGCAGGGUACUGAAUAGGAAACAUAAUUUUUAUAAGUAUUCAUUGGCGGCAUUAAAUGAUUGAUUAGAUUAAAAUAGUAAGACACAUUUUGAGCAUUUAAGUAAAAGAGUGAAGAAUUCGCUUCCGUUGUCUUCUAUCACACAAUUAUAGAUAUCGACGAGUGCACAUCUCAAACUCACGACUGCUCUCAAAAUGGCGUGUGCAUUAAUGUCAACGGAUCAUUUCAAUGUGAAUGCCAACCAGGAUUUACUGGAGAUGGAAAAGCAUGCAAUGGUAGGUUAACAAAAAACAAGUUCUGAAACGUAUAUCACAAGCCUUGUUACUGUUCAAGGCCCUCUUUUAUCAUCAUUUUAAUCAUCGGCAUCGUCGUCGACAUUUCGAGUCUAGUCGGGUAAUAAUGUUAGAAACUAACCCGUGUCUCCUUUCAGUUUUCAGUCAGACGUAGUUAUAGCUAAUGUAACAACCAAAGUGUAAAAAAUGAAUAAAAUAAGUAACGUUUUGAUGGUCAGUUGAUUUCUGUUUACAAUAAUUUUAUAGAUAUCGAUGAAUGUACAAAACAGACCCACGACUGUUCUCUAAAUGGCGUAUGCACUAAUGUGCAGGGAUCAUUUCACUGUGAAUGUCAACCAGGAUUUACAGGGGAUGGAAAAACAUGCAAUGGUAGGUUUUGGUGACUGUAGACGUUCACUCCCCUGCAUAACUAAUUAAAACAGUUAAGGUCUAAAAAUGACGAACGUUAUCACCUGCUCUAGGAAAUAUUUUCAGUCCAUAAAUGUACAUAUGGAGACAAUAAUAUCAAGAUAAUACGACACAUUUUAGGAAUUUAAACUGUCACGGCGAAUUGGCUGUCGUCAUUUUGUUCUCCAUCACCCAUCAUUAUAGAUAUCGAUGAGUGUACAACACAGAGUCACAACUGUUCCCCAAAUGGCCUGUGCACUAAUGUUGACGGGUCUUUUCAAUGUGAAUGCAAACAAGGAUUUACUGGAGAUGGCAAAACAUGUAAUGGUAGGUUAUAAAUUAACGACUAGUAGUAGUUGACACUACAGAGUAGUUCUACUAGAACUACGUUCUAUAGUAAUAAAACUAUUAAUACAAUAAUUAAAAAAAAGCUUUAUAGAAGGACAUCUAUAUAUAUAUAUGAGCAGGGAAUACGUUACCACAGAAAUUUAUUGUCGGUGAAUUUCUGUAAUCGACCAUCGUUCUGCUAGUGAUAAACUAGCAGAAUUGUUCAGACAUUGUACUCAAAUACGGUAACUAUAAACAGACAGCAAAAGAAUGUACACCCCUCUCCCUCCCUUUCUUUCAAAGUUGAGGUGUUUGUUCAGAUUUUCUAUAGGAAGCUCGAACAGUGGCACAACAUUGCAUUGUUCCCCUUUGGAGGUCGAAUAAUCGUCAGAAAGCCCCUUUAGGGCAAAGUGACGCAACUAAUUUUGUCGCCGAUCGUUUCCAAUCGAAUGCUUGUUUAUGAUUAACUCGUGUGUGGUAAACUCUUCAAGUGUUUAUAUAUUACACAGUUAUACGUCCCUUAUAACUCUGAAAACAGCUGCUCCUCAGAAUGUCACUAAAAAAUCGUAACACAAACUCGAAAGAGUAUCGAAGUAUGACUGUACACUAAGUGUCACAAAAUUAACCUAAGCGAUCCCUUCUGGCAUUUUCUCUUUUACGUCAUCCAAACCAUUUCAUACUUACGGGCGUUAACAGUAGAAACGUCACCAUUGCCCGACGAUUCCAUGCGGCCCCUGUUCAAGCAAAUCGAGGUUUUUUCUGGUAUGCUGACGACAUAUUUUAACUGUAAGUACUAGGAUCUCUUCUCGGGAUUUCACCUUCUGCGCGAAAACCCUGCGGGGGCAAUUAAAACCACUAAAGGAUAAUUAAUGACAAAGGGCCAGGUUCCUGAAAGGCCGAUUAGCGUUAAUCCAGGAUUAAAAUUUUGUUCCUAUACAAUGCUUAAAGUAACAUUUUGUGUUAUCAUUAUCUUAUCUCGUAGUAAAGGCUCGACAGUAUUUUAAAACCUCGAGUUGCAUGUUCUUAGACGGGAAAACCUUGCUUUAAAUUUAGCUUAAUCCCGGGUUGAACUUGACAAUCUUUCGUGGAAUCGGGCCCAGGCCUGCAACGGGCAUUAUCAUCAUUACCAUCUGAGUGGUUGAGUGGUUAGAGCGCAGGACUUGCAAUUCGGAGGCCUUGAGUUUAAGUCUUGCUCUGACCGCCUGCUUGAUUUGUUCGCGGUAGUCUCAGGCAUUCUUGUAAAUAGCUGUUUUCCCUUUUACGAGUUAGGAUUCUUAAUCCGAUCCCGUCACGUUGGAUUUAAAUUAUUUGGUUCAUGCAUUUGUUCGGCCACAAUAGCAUUAGCCCUAAAAAUCCUGCCGAGGGCAAAUAAAGAAAUUAUUAUAAAAAUUAUUAUCAUCACCAUCAUCAUCAUCAUCAUUAUCAUCAUCAUCAUCAUCAUCAUCAUCAUCAUCAUCAUCAUCAUCAUCAUCAUCAUCAUCAUCAUCAUCAUCGUUGUUGUGUUUCUUUCCCCCCGUAUUUAGUCAAGCAUACAUUAUUUCGAACUAAUGCAGUCAAAACGAUAAACGUGGAGAAAAUUAAUAAUGUUUUAACUUGUUUGUUGUAUUUUUUUUCCUUUUGGUAUAACUGUUUUUAGAUAUCAAUGAAUGCACAACACAGACGCACGACUGCUCUCCAAAUGGCGAAUGCACCAAUGCAGACGGUUCAUUUCAGUGUAAAUGUAAACCAGGAUUCACCGGAGAUGGGAAAACAUGCCAUGGUAGGUUACUGAGGCUGCUGAAGACAUGUACCCUCUGGCCUUACUUCCACUAUAAGUUUAUGAAUCUAAAAAUGGGAAUGCCUUCUCUCGAUGGUACUAAUGUCGGGUGGCAUAUCAAAUCAGUCGGCGUUGUUUGAGUUUUAUAAGUUCAGCGAUAAAUUGAGAUUACUAUUCAUUCCAGGUUCUAUUCUCCUUCACCCGUCUUUAGAUAUCGAUGAAUGUUCAACGCAAACUCACAACUGCUCAUUAAAUGGCAUAUGCACUAACGUGGACCAUUCAUUUGAAUGUGAAUGCCAAUCAGGUUUUACAGGAGAUGGGAACACAUGCGUUGGUAAGUUUAUAUAAAGCCUGCCGUAACUGUCAACAACUGAUACGCAUUUUUUCCAUAGUUUUAUGUUUUGCUUUCAUCAAAAUUGCAUAGAUAUCGAUGAAUGUACAACACAAGGUCACGACUGUUCUGCAGACGGUGUAUGCACUAAUGUGGAAGGUUCAUUUCAAUGUGCAUGUGAAUCAGGAUUUACAGGAGAUGGCAAAACAUGUAGUGGUAGGUUAUAA